GGAGCACAGGGACCACAGCACGCGCUGCUGAUCUACACGUACAGGUCGUCUGUGUAGCUAGAUCUGUCGACGCGGGGCUUUAUUAAAGUGUGUCAGGAGUGGAGCUUCCGACCUGGUGGGAUUACCGGUGACCUUUGCUGCUGCCCUCACCAUCUCCUGUUUUCCUCUUGCUCUUCCUCCUUAUCCCUCUCCUCCCCUUUCUUAAACUCCCCUCCCCUCCCCUACUGUGUCUCCCAACCCUGGGCUUAUUACUCAAAUCCACUGAAGGGAGCAACACAGUAGCUGGCAAAGGAUGAAACGGGUCUGCCUGCCAACACCAGACAGAGGAUAGAACACACAAAAGGACUAGAGAAGGGGAGAGAAUCAGAGAGAGACACACCACACAGAGGAGGACUAGUGGAGAGAGCUACAAAGCUGUGAGAGAAGAAACCACAACAUUCAAGAUGCCACGCCGAAGGAAACACACAAGUUUCACUUGAGCAUCAUGAGCUAGCAAGGGGACCCUAACAGAUCUCGAACUGUGGACUUCUUCUGAACAAACUUCUGGCCCACACACACGCACACACACAAGGUGUGGAGACACACACUCCUGCUCUCUGGGGCUCCUCGUUAACACCUGAUAUGCCUCUCUAAAAAGUGUGAGCCAUGCCAGCCAAGGGAAAGUACCUGUUGAACGACCAGGAGCUGAAAAAUGAGGCACUAUACCGCAAAUUCUCUUGCAUCAGCCAGUAUCAGCCUCUGGUGCUCCUGCUGGGCCUUUCCAUGCUCGCCUGUGGAAUCCUCCUCAUUCUCUUCUUUGCCCUCCAACUGAGCGCACUGGAACACUGUGCCUUUGUGAGCGUGGUGAGCAGCAGCCUGUGUGUGUUUCUGGCCGUGUUUGUGCUGGUGUGUACAGAGAUGCUCUCACAGAGAUGGAGGCGUCUGCUGGGCCUGAUUAUAUGGGCCACACACCUCACCAUGGGCUACACCUUCAUCUUCAGCAGCCCCAUUAUCCUGCCUUGGGAUCAGGUGCCUUUCUUUCUCUUCAUUAUCUUCACCGUGUACACCAUGCUGCCAUUCCAGUUGUGGUACGCUGUGGUGCUAAGCGUCAUCUCCUCAUUGUCCCACAUCAUGGUCCUCACACUGCGCCUCACCAUUUACAGCGAAACGUCCACUCCUUACCUUGCCAACCAGCUGCUGUCCAAUGCAGUGGUGUUUCUGUGUGGCAGUGUGGUGGGGGCCUUUCAUAAAGUCCUGAUGGAGAAAACCCUGAGGCAGACCUUUCAAGACACCUUGAGAUGCUUGAGCAUGCGGAUGAAGCUGGAGAUAGAAAAGAGACAACAGGAGAACCUGCUGCAGUCUGUGCUGCCAGUCUACAUCUCCAUGAAGAUGAAGCUGGCAAUCAUGGAGCGCUUGCAAGACUGUAAAGACAAAGAAGAGCAGCAGCGACUCGUCAAAGAUAACAACUUCCACAGUCUGUAUGUCAAGAGGCACGAGAAUGUCAGUAUUCUCUAUGCUGACAUUGUUGGCUUCACACGCUUGGCCAGUGACUGCUCUCCCAAAGAGCUGGUCAUUAUGCUCAAUGAAUUGUUUGGCAAGUUUGACCAAAUUGCCAAGGAAAAUGAAUGCAUGAGAAUCAAGAUCCUUGGAGAUUGCUACUACUGUGUGUCAGGGCUGCCGGUCUCUCUGCCUAAACAUGCCAAGAACUGUGUCAAAAUGGGUCUGGACAUGUGUGAAGCCAUCAAGCAGGUACGUGAAGCCACAGGAGUGGAUAUCAACAUGAGAGUGGGCGUGCACUCAGGCAACGUCCUCUGUGGUGUGAUUGGCCUUCGCAAGUGGCAGUUUGACGUGUGGUCGCAUGAUGUCACGCUAGCCAAUCACAUGGAGUCAGGGGGGCUUCCAGGACGUGUGCACAUCACAGAGGCGACACUGAAGCACCUGAACAAGGCUUAUGAAGUGGAAGAGGGAAACGGCUACCUCAGGGACCCCUACCUGAAAGAGCUCAAUGUCCGAACCUACCUGGUCAUUGAUCCACGGUCUAAGGACCCAUCAUUGAAUAGCCGUAGUGCGCCUAAACCUCGGGUGAAUGAUGGUCUGAAGAUGCGGGCAUCUGUGCGUAUGACCCGUUACCUGGAAUCUUGGGGGGCAGUCAAACCUUUUGCCCACCUUCAGAGUCGAGAGGGUUUCACCCCAGACACCAUUGUCAAUGGCAAGUCGCGCUGCAAGGACAUCCCUCUACGAUCAGCACCCGGCUCCAAGAUGAGUGAGAGCUUUGAUGAGUCUCUAGAAGAACCAUUCUCCUUGCCCACCCCUCCAUUCAGCAGCUAUAAGAACAAAUCCCAGAAGAGUAAGUUUGAUGAGGAGCUACACAAUGAGAUGACAACUACCAUAGAUGAGCUCAGCAGCAAGCAAUGGUCUAAGUCUGAAGAGAGCGGCAGUUUAGCUCUGUGGUUUCCAAAGAAAGAUCUGGAAAAACAGUACCGAUCCCUGGAUUUGCCGAUGUUCAGACACUAUGUCGGCUGUGCCACCUUCAUCUUCCUCUGCAUCUUUUUGGUUCAAAUGUUUGUCACAAAGGAUCGACAGAUGUUGGGGAUGUCAUUUGGAGUAUUGGUGUGUGUGCUGCUGCUGACCCUGGCCAUCUGUUUUGCAGGUCACUUUCAGCGCCUGUUUCCAGAGAAGCUGUCGAGGUGCCAGUGGCUGCCGGCUGUGUCGGAGGCGGUGGUAAAGCGGCCGUGUGUGCGCCUCCCUCUGGCCACCAUCACUACUACGGUCAUCAUCGUCUUGGCAGUGUUCAACCUGUGCUUCAUCCAGAGACGUGUGCCAGAAUGUCCCAGUGAUAUUUCUGACCUGUUGUCCGCAAAUAAUUCGCAUGAGCAAGGAUUAGAGGGAGAUCUCUUCUACCUGCCUUACUCUGUGUACUGCUGUAUCCUAUCACUCAUUGCAUGUGGAGUCUUCCUCCGCGUAAGCUUUGAGCUCAAAGUGCUCUUCCUCACCCUGGCCUCCGCAGCAUAUUACAUCAUCAUCCUCAGCACCAAGCAGGAUCUCUUCGAGGCCUAUGGAAAGAUCCUCUAUUCUCACAUCUCUGGCAGCUGGAACUGCAGCAGCGGAGACGAUGCAUCCAUCCUGAGAUGGAUAGGGCUGGUGAAACACCCCCAGGUGAUGAGCUGCAUAUACAUCACCCUGUUCCUGGUCACGAUGCUCAUCAUCUCACAACAGAACGAGUCCUGCUUCCGCCAGGACUUCCUGCUAAAGUAUAAGAACCGCACAGAGCAGGACGAGAUCGAGACCAGAGAGAACCUGAACCGCCUGCUGCUGGAGAACGUGCUGCCGGCCCACGUGGCAGCCCUGUUUGUAGGGGAGAAUAAAAAGAACGAGGACCUCUACUACAAGUCCUAUGACUGUGUGUGUGUGAUGUUCGCCUCAGUGCCGGAUUUCAAAGAAUUUUACACCGAGUGUGAUAUCAACAAGGAGGGCCUGGAAUGCCUGAGGCUCCUGAAUGAGAUCAUCGCUGACUUUGAUGAGCUGCUGUCCAAGCCAAAGUUCAGCGGUGUGGAGAAGAUCAAGACAAUUGGCAGUACUUACAUGGCUGCUGCGGGGCUUAGUGGGACGCCUGGUCAGGAGAACAAUCAGGACAGAGAGAGGCAGCAGGCCCAGAUAGGGAUCGUGGUGGAGUUCGCCAUCGCUCUCAUUGGCAAGUUGGAUGGCAUCAACAGACAUUCCUUCAAUAGCUUCAGGCUGCGUGUGGGCAUCAAUCACGGCCCUGUGAUAGCUGGAGUAAUCGGGGCAAGGAAACCUCAGUAUGACAUCUGGGGAAACACUGUCAAUGUAGCCAGCAGGAUGGAGAGCACAGGGGAGCUUGGAAAGAUCCAGGUCACAGAGGAGACGUCCCAUGUGCUGCAGAAGCUGGGCUACUCGUGCGAGUGUCGAGGAUUUAUCAACGUGAAGGGGAAAGGAGAGCUGAAAACCUUCUUUGUGUGUACCGACAUGAGCAAGCAGCAGGGUAUGGGGCUGAGCUGAGGCCAGGCUGCCACAGCCAGCAGAGCUGGAGACAGACUCACGUACACAAGUCAAGAGUUUAUAGACUCCUGUACGCCACAAGUGUUGCGACAGAGCUGACUGUACAGCUGUGUUCCUGUGAUGUUGCUGCAUAUUCAGGACUUAGAGGAAGUGCUGCCUCGCUGUGUGGUGGAUGUCAAAAUGAAUCAACACUUUCUGCUCUGGAGCCUGUUGGAGAGAUGAUCAGUACGUACAAUCGCCAUCUUUUUCUUAUCAUGAACACAUUUACGUCCAGUGAUCGGUCACUUUUGUACUUUUUUGUCUCUAUCUUAGAUGUUGUUUGUGAUAGAAAAAGAUGUGUAUUGUACUCAUGCCAAAUAUAGUUGUGGGAUUUUUGAAGACCACUACGGUCCUUUAAAAACAAAACAGUGGAUUCUGUUUGGAUCCUGAUUUGAAACCCUUCUGGUUUUCCUGUUUGAGAAGGGAUGGGCACACUGCUCUGUUACUGUGUAAUGAGCAUGACAUCUGUGAGCUGUUUCAAUAUCAGAAACAGGCUGUACAGAAGAUAGAGGACAACUGUUUUCAUGCUCCUUUCUUUGGGACAUACUCACAUAACGAAAAGUAGUAAGUUUCGCUCUCUGGCCAUGCUGCAGAUCCUUAAGUUACUGAAUCCUCUGAACCUUUGACUGCCCAAGAAGCUUAGGUUCAGGUAAUGGGAACAUCUUCUAGGUCCCAGCUGUGUAGUUUGGCCAGAGUAACAACAGUUUAAUAUUACAUAUAUAACAACAUAUUUGCUACGUUUCAUGAGGAAAUGGACAAAUCCACGUGCUGUAUGUAUGUAAUCUGUUAAAGUGUUGCCGCUUGUCUCCAUAUAUGCUGCAAUGAGGGAAACCUGUGACGCUCUCCUUGGUGUCUCGGCUUCUGUGUGAUCUAACAACCUGCCUGCUGUGAAUGUUUUUCUGGCUCCAGCUCAGAUGAUCACCUGAACUGAUCCGAAUCGCUCGCUGUGUCUCUGAAAACUUGAUUUGUCUUGUGGCCUUAUUUUUUUGAGACCUUCAUCUUGUCUGUAAUUGUGGUUGCAUAAUAAUAUUAAUAAUAAUGUAUUUGCCUUUAUGUGAACAAAUGUGACUUUGAAUUUUGUAUAGUUACAGAAUGUAAUAAAUGUUUUCCUAAGU